AUGUCUUCUGUUCCCACUUGGGCACCAAGUUCUACUCCCAGUAUUACAACUUUGUCAAGCAUCGCAACCACCCAUGCCUCAGCGUUAGAAUCAACUUUAUCAGCCGCAGUCUCCACCUUGGUUUCCAAAGGAUCCACUAUAGCCAAGAAAGAUUUCUUAACUGCCUCUAUCAACAUUCGUGCCGCUGAAGCAUCAUUAACAAUCAUCCUGGCUGAAGAGGUAUUAGCAACCGCAACUGCUCCCGAGGUGCAAUCUCAAGCUACUCAAGCUAUUUGGGAAGCUACUCAAAACUUACAAGCUUUGGAAUGGUCAUUGAAUGUAUACAAUAUUGAGAGUCUAAGUCGUCCUGCUAAUAUUAUCUUUUUGGUUAUAUUUGCGAUUACAUUUUUGUAUACUGCUUUAAUGUUGAUUAAAUCGAGAUAUCAUUGGUAUAAUGUUGCAUUUACUUGUGGAUUAGCAUUAGAAUUUAUUGGGUUUUUGGGUAGAGUGUUGUCAUUUGGUGAUAUGACUAAUGAUAAUUUCUUCUUGUUACAAUUAGUUCCAUUAACUUUGGCACCCGCUUUCUUAAUGGGAGGGAUUUAUUUCUUAUUUGGACAACUUAUUGUAAUUCAUGGAAGACAAUUUAGUUGGUUAAAGCCAUUACAUUAUUCCUAUAUUUUCAUUUCUUGUGAUAUUUUGUCAUUGGUUAUUCAAGCUGGAGGUGGUGCACAAGCAAGUAUUGCUUCUCAGAAUUAUGAAGAUGCUACUCCGGGUACAAAUGUAAUGAUUGCUGGUAUUGCUUUUCAAGUUUUUGCAAUGUCGAUCUUUAUCAUUUCUUGGUUUAUAUUUUGGUGGAAAGUAUCCUUUAAGAAACCAGAUGCGAUUCCUACUGAUUAUGAUCAAUCAUUAGAAAAGAUGCAAGGAUAUUCAAAAAGUUACGACAAGAAAUCAAUUUCAAAUUUCUUCUUUUUAAUGCUUAACACCAAACCAGCAGAUGAAUUCAAAAAAGCAGUACUAGAAUAUCGUUAUAAUCCAAAAUAUGCUUCAAUUAGAAGUCGACCAUUGUUUAACUAUUAUGGAUUAGCAAUCUCGGUAUCAGUACUUACAAUCUAUAUCAGAUGUAUAUAUAGAGUUGUUGAAUUAGCUCAAGGAUUCCGUGGGUAUUUAUUUACUCAUGAAGUCUUUUUAAUGACAUUGGAUGCAACUAUGAUUGCUAUUGCUGCUAUUAUUUUUGUCCCAUUCCAUCCCCAGAUUGUUUUAGGUUCAAGUAAUGUGAUCAAGAUGAGGUCAAUUAAGAAUAAUGAUGAUGAGGUGAAUAGUAGUUUCGGUGAUAAGGAAACGGUUGAAGUUAUGGAUCGUGUUCCAUCUGUGGGAAGUGAAUCUGUCUGA